AUGAGUGUCGUCGACACUCUUCACUCGCAGUUCGGCCUGCAGGCCUGGACAUCACCGCAUAUCACUAUUGGCGUCACUGCCAUCUUCGUCUUUGCUCUAGUCGCCUCCGCUGCCCUGCUCUCCUUGCAAAAGGGCAAGCUGGAUUUCAACAAGGGCCUACUCUCCUAUGUCAAGUUUGCCUGGUCGUGUUUCCUGAAGCCCCAUGAGCGCGAAUCCGACGGUGAAACUGGCCAGCAGCAUGCUCUCGAGAGCUUCUACCGCGCCCAGGCCACUGUCUACGAUGCCACCCGCAGAAAGCUGCUCUGCGGCCGCGAAGACAUGCUCGGUCUGCUGGCCGCUCAAUUGAAGCACCGGGAAUCACAGCACGAACUGACCAAGCCUGUCUGGGUUGAUAUUGGUGGCGGUACCGGAUACACUAUUGAAGCCAUGAACCGUUUUCUCUCAGUAGAGAACUUUUUCUCUCACGUGUACCUUGUCGAUCUCUCGCCUUCGCUUCUCGAAGUUGCCCGCAAGCGAUUUGAGCGUCUCGGCUGGAACAAUGUCACCGUAGUUUGCCAGGAUGCGAGACAGUUUCGUCUCAGUGAACCCACCGGCGGCGCCGAUAUCGUGACCAUGAGCUACAGCUUGUCGAUGAUUCCUGACUACUACAGCGUCGUUGACUCGUUGACGAAAUUCAUGAAGACCAAUGCUGUUCUCGGUGUUGUUGACUUUUACGUUCAAAACAUUGUCGACGUCUCCUGCCGUAACUACACUGGCGGUGUGUUCAACCGACACGUAAACUGGCUCGGCCGUGCAUUCUGGCGCACCUGGUUCGAUUUCGACCGCGUCAAUCUGGAGGCUGCUCGUCGGGACUAUUUGGAAUACAGAUUCGGCACCAUCGUCUCCGCCAGCGAAAGAAACUAUCUCCUUGGCGGUAUUCCUUAUUACAUCUUCCUCGGAUGUCAAAAGGACUUUACCUCGGGCAGCUCCAGCAUCGAGAAACUCAAUGCCACCUUCACCGAGUCGCCGUAUUUGUCUGCGGCUAACCACCGCAAGGCGAUGAACGAGGCUAUUGAAAUUGCCACGCCCGAGAUCAAGUCAAAGGCAUACGAGUCUGCUAUUGUCAACCUCAGCUCCAACCUUCCUCUUCCUUCGGCCUUUUACCAGAACCACCAUUAUCGCAUCUACUACAACGACCAGCUCCCCAAGCAUACCCAGUUCAAUGACGAAUACAUCUAUGCCUUUAACUGGGAAGAUCCUCGCGUGGACCACCGCCUGCUGAAUAUUAACAGUGAAGAUGUCAUCCUGACCAUCACGAGUGCCGGCGAUAAUAUCCUGGACUACCUCCAAAACAGCCCCAAGCGCAUCCACGCUGUGGAUAUGAACCCGAACCAGAACCAUCUUCUCGAGCUCAAGGUCGCCGCCUUUGCUGCACUUGGCUACAAGGAUGUGUGGAAGAUCUUUGGGGAGGGAAAGCACGCUGAAUUCCGUCAAUUGCUAAUCACCAAACUCAGUCCCCACCUAUCUAGCCAGGCCUUCCAAUUCUGGCUCGAACACGCUCAGGUCUUUACGUCCAAGUCAAACAAGGGCUUGUACGAGACCGGUGGGUCGCGAGUGGCCAUCAAGAUGGUCCGCUACCUGUUCACUCUUUUUGGUCUUGGAAGCUCCAACACCAAGCUGUGCGAGGCCCAGACCUUGAACGAGCAGCGAGAGCUGUGGCCAACCAUUCGGCGAGUCCUCCUCAGCAGAGUCCUCAACUGGGCUAUCGUCAAGACAGAGUGGUUCGCCUGGAAAGCCGCUGGUGUCCCCCCACCACAACGCAACAUGAUCAUUGAUGAUUACCUGAAGCGCAAGGGGCUUAGCGGUGGCAUCAAGAAGAACCAAGACGUCAGCGGCCAAGCAAUCUGGGAGUAUGUCGUGGAUACUUUUGACCCCGUUGCCAAGGAUACUCUUAUUAGCAACGACAACUACUUUUACUAUCUCUGUCUCCAGGGAAAAUUCUCCAGAAGCUGCCAUCCCACAUACCUGACACCCAAAGCACACAACAAGCUGUCGUCUCCCGGAGCCUUUGACGGUCUUCGCAUUCAUACAGAUGGUCUGAACGAAGUCAUUGCACGCAUGACGCCGCGAACCUUGACCAUCGCCGUCGUGAUGGACUCCAUGGACUGGUUCAACCCAGACGAAGACGCCGCCGCCAAGCAGGCACAAGCCCUCAACCGAGCCAUGAAAAUGGGCGGCCGCAUCUUGCUGCGCUCCGCCAGCAUCGAGCCGUGGUAUAUCAAGGACUUUGAAGCUAACGGCUUCAGUCCGCGCCGGGUUGGCGCGCGAUUCCCUGGAUCUUGCAUUGACCGCGUCAACAUGUACGCAUCUGCAUGGAUUUUCACCAAAACCGCCGAAAUCGACUCGAGUCCCCGCGCAAAGGCCAAUCGAGCCAACAGCGUUGACGUGGAAGCGUUAUCUAUUUAA